CUUUCUUUUUGUAACUUGCAAAUCGCAAUAUAAAUUUUUAAUUUAAAUAAAUUAUAUUUUGUGGUGUUUUAUAAACAUAAGAUAUUUGAGGUUAAUUGGUAAGGUUUUGUAAGUAGAAAGUGUUAGUAAUAAUAAUUAAUUAAAUAAGGAUAUAAUUUUUUUAGAAUAUUCAUUUUAGAGUGAAAAAUAUAAUAGUACAUUGAAAUAGAACUUUAUUCUAUUUUGGUGUUGUACCAUUUUAAAAUAAAAUAUAGAGUAAUACAUUCCAGAUGCUUUAAAGCUUGAUAAAAUUCCAUAACAUAGUAUAAGUCACAUGACUACAUAAUAUAUAUACAUGUGCUACAUCUAAGUAUAGUUGGUCUCGCAAGAAAAUACAAAAUGGGCUGGUUGGACUAACUGAUACAAAAACCAAUCAUGUUUUCUCAGCUUAAACGAAAUGCUUGGAAAAGAACAUAAAAGGCCUAAAGGAAAAUAAUCUCAUAAUCAUGGGCAAAUCUAUAAUACCAGAUCUAUUUUAUAAUAUUUGUAGAGUUUAUAUUAUAUUACCAUAACUCAACAGACUAAAAUCUCUAAUUCCACAAUAUAUCUGACUCAUAAUUUCCAUAUUUUUGUAGGAUUUUUUCCACAUAUUUAGUGAUUAAGAAUGUUCUACAAAUCUAAAUCAAAGAAGCAGUGGAUAUUUAGUUUCGUAACAAAUCGAAUCAUAUCCACUAAAUCUCGCAACUCUUUACUAACGUCAUAUUCAAGAUACGAAAGUAGCGCCACAUAUACAGCGAUAUUUGGGGAGGGGCCGGAGGGCAACAUUGAAACGUUGGACAAAGGGGAACAAAGAGUAAAGACCGUUUUUAUAGCUAAAUCCCCCAUAUAAUCUUUUUUUAUUCUCACAAGUUCACAAAUCAACCACUAACUCGAAAAUUAAGAGUUUUGACCCUCUAUUGGUUACUCAAAAAUUAAUAUGAGAAGUUGAUUAAUACGAUUAUAAUCUAACUAUAUUAAAAGGAGAAUAAGAAACCUUAUUAGCUAUGCCACGUCAGAUCAUAAAAUCAACCAAUCAGAUUUGUCUUUACUCCCAUGUCAUCUGCGGCCGAGUCAAUAAAGAAACCCUACGACUCACUCAUCGGCUUCGUCUUCUCUGUUUCCUCUUCAUCAAAACUCCUUACAGUCUUUUUUGUUGUCUUUCCAUUAGAUCAUGAUUCUCUCUACUGCAAUCAUUUUUUACCGCUUUCCUCUCCAUAGCUUCCAGCUCCGUUGAACACAGACGAUUUCGAGGGCAGGAUGUCGGGAUUUCCCCAUGCCGGUGUGUCCAAGAUCGGCGUUGGAUCCAUCACCUGUUACCGCCAGAUCCGCCGCCUACGGAGUUGUCCUGCGGCCUUAAACGGUCCUCCGGAUCUGCUCAAGUCUCCAAUCGUCGCUUAGGUCCGAGAAUCACAAGCUGUCGCACUCCCAAGACGGCGGGGAAGAAGCUGGACCGACGAGAAACAAACGAGAGAGAACCACCAUCCCUCACCGUAGAUCCGUCGACACCAUCUCACUCCCCGACAAUCAGACGAGCCCAACAAAGUAAACCCUAAUCGUGUUCUGGUGACUAACAUUCUUUCUCCGUCCAGCUACGACCUCUGAACUUUAUCACUGAAUCUGAAACGGUACGAUUUAUGUGUUUUUCGUGUGGUGUUCCUUAUUAAUUCAAUCUCCAUCAAGCAUUGCAUAUACACUUGGUGGAGUGCAGUCCCGCGUUGCAGAAACGUCAGCACCAGAACCUAGAGUGCACAGAUGAAAGUAGUUCGGAGAAGAAAGCUAUAAGUUCACUAGCUGGGACACUUGUGCACUGGCACGCUACUCUUGAAGAGGUGCCAUGAGGAGGUAUGCAUGUUUGUUACAUUUACUUAUUGAGACUCUCUUAUAAGGCUCUUGGCUUAAUAUAGCAAUAGUCAACGUCGUAAGCAAUGAAAAAUAUGAUGAUCUGCAUCGUUCUUCAUUGUAUCUAUUGUUCUCUUUUGCUUGCCUUGGCAGUACCAACAAUAAUCAUAGCUCAUGAGUUCUAUGAUGCUUUUACAGUUCAUCAGUUUCAGGUUUGUGUGGUUUGCAAUAUAGUCUUCUCCUUUUAGUUUAGUAUGUGUAUCUUAAAUGGACUUACUCUGCAAAAUUCUCCACAAGGCUGGUUUGAGAAAAUGGUUGAUGUGGGAGAAGAUUCACAGUUCCGCUUUGUUCUCUCCCCACAGCCUACACCUGCAGCCUUAUAUCUGGUGAAACGUUGCACAUGGGCUACACCUGAGGAAAAGGAGAAGCUGGAUCAUGUCGAGAUCAGCUCGAAGUUAAUGGAUUUGACUCAAGAAAUAGCCAAGAGAAUAGGCUCUGAUGGAGGUGGAGCACUUAUAAUCGAUUAUGGGAAGGAUGGAAUCAUUUCAGACAGUCUACAGGCUAUUAGAGAACACAAGUUUGUCAACAUACUGGAUAAUCCAGGCUCUGCGGAUCUAAGUGCUUAUGUUGAUUUUCCUUCGAUAAAACACUCCGCUGAGGAAGCUUCAGAAAAUGUGACAGUCCAUGGACCUAUGACUCAGUCUCAGUUCUUGGGUUCGCUUGGAAUAAACUUCAGAGUUGAUGCGUUGCUGCAGAACUGCGACGAUGAGCAAGCAGAGUCAUUGAGGUCUGGAUACUGGAGGCUUGUUGGAGAUGGUGAAGCACCUUUCUGGGAAGGACCUGAUGAACAGACACCAAUUGGAAUGGGGGAGAGGUAUCUUACAAUGGCUAUUAUCAACAGAAACCAAGGCACUCCGGCUCCGUUCCAGUAACAGGCUGAAGCUUUCAAACAAGGACACUACACUCCUUUGUUUUUUUCUUUGAACUUGGCUUAUCUUAUGAAUUUUAUUGGUUGACUUUGGGUUUAAAGCUUACGAAAUUAUUUCAAUCCCCAUUUUAUUUUCAGUGUCAUUCAUCUUCAUGUAUGGAUCUCAGUAGCUUGAUUUCUUCUACUAUUUUGUUUGAAAUCUGCACGAUUGUUGAUUCUAAUAGCAUCUGAAUCUCUGUGAUCAAUACAUUUGGCUGCAGAACCGUCACCUCUGCAUACCACCACAAUCGUGGAGAAGUGUACGCACAAGCUUGUGGAUGAUUACAAGCAUAUGCUUUGCCAAGCUACUGAGCCUAUGUCCACCUUCUUAGAGUACAUCAGGUGAGAGUCAUUCUUGAUCAACAGAUUAUGGUGCUUCAGUGUUGUUAUUGCCCUUUUCAGUUUCCAGUAGUAAGUGUAGUAGUUUCGUUCAUAUUUAGCUUUGCUUAAAAUCCUCUCGAUGUGCAUCAUAGUGUGUAAUGUUUGGUACUUUCGUGAAGCUCUUUUUUUUAUAGAGAUUGCAGUAAAAUGGUUUUGUUACAGAAUAUUGAGAGCAAAUAUUUUUAUUAUUUUGUUGUAGCUUAAAUGAUAGCUUUUGUUGAUUUGUUACCUUGCCUUUAGUUUUUUUUUUGUCUGAAUUUUUUUUUCACCCGAAAUUGUAACAACAAGAAAAAUAAGAACAUCAAAAUCAUUUGGUACAACAAAUUUAACAAAACAAACUUACUUUCCAAUACAUUUAACAUAUUAUACAAUAUAUGAAAACAAAGUAUUAAAAUUAUUUAUACGUCUAUAAUUAAUAUGAUUCUAUAUGGAUUAAAACUAUUAUAUAUACAUUUUUUACGUUUAGUGGUUGAAGAAGUGUUUAUAAUGCUUAUGUUUUAGAUAUAUAAUCUAAUUUUCAAACAUAGAGAACAUAGCCAAUUUUAUGUUUUUGAAAAACAUCGUCAAUCUCAUGUUCUUGAAUAAAGAAUUCAAUCAAAGAGACCAUAGCCAAUCUUCACCUACUUCUUCAAUUAUGUGAAAGUCUUAGGUCAGUAACCAAACUUAAUUGUUCGAACCUGUCACUUCGGUAAAACAAAACAUAUUAUUUUUCAAACAGAAACAGUUUAUUUUUUGUUCUACAACCUUUGAUAGCUUCCAUCAAGAUUAUUUGAGUAUUUCAAAUAGGAGCUGGUGUAUAUAUCAAUUGUAAUGAUAUUUAAUUAGCGACAAGUAACUGAAAAUAAGAAAAAAUAUAUUUUUUACAUUUAUACAUUAUAAAAAAAUUAUAUGAUCAUUUAAGUUUAGUUAAAAUAUAUGAAAAAACCCGGGCGUAGCCCGGAAAAAAUCUCUAGUGUUACUAAUGAUUAAACACUGUUUUAACGAUAAGUUAAGUUUUAAAUAACACUGAAGAUUGCUAUAGUAUCGAUCAGAUUAAAAUCUGAGAAAAACAUUUAUCAUGGUGUUAUAGAAUAAUAUAAAACAUAGGGGUGUAAUUGAAAAUCCAGGUAGGUUAAGGAAAACAUUUUAUAAAAAAAAACUUUUUUAAAAAAGACAAUAAUAAGAGCAUAAAGUCGAGACCUUUUGCAGGGUCAGCCUUUGCUCAAUUUUUCUUGGAGAACAAAAAAAAAACUUGAAGCUUUCACAUUUGACGGCUACAGAGGGAGAAAGAUAAAUUUGUUUCCUUUUCUCCUUUUGGUUCAUCUGGGGAGCACGAAGCAAGACGAACGAAGUCAAACUCCACACUAUUUUUGAAGGUGAGACUUUCGCUAGUCUCGUUGAUCUGGCUUCUCUUUUUCAUUUUCCGAUGGAAAUCUUGUUUCUUUCUUAUCAAUAAAAGGCUCAGAUUUGUGGGUUUCUCCUCUUCUCCCAUUUGCGCUGUCAGUUUUAUGAGAGUCACGACAACGACGGUCUUCGGGAUCCAAACAGCUAACAUUUGGUGAUUCAUUCAAAGAGACUUUGAGAAGAAAUCAUUUUAGGCCCAAUUAACUGUGAUAGCCCAACGUUCUUUGAGUCAAGAAAGUAACCCUCAUGCAAAUCGAUUUUUUUCAAUCGUUGAAGUUGUGUUUUAGGUGUGACACGUGGUUUAAAAUGCCCCAUGCAUACUGCUGAUGUAGCACAAGAAGGAGGGAGAAAAAUCUUAUUUAUUAAUAUAGAUUUACGUAUGUAUAAGUAACCUACUAUGUUUUAAUUAAUUGUUUUUAACCUUUUAUAAGGUUGAUCAGUUUAACAACUAAACCAUGUCAAUAUGGUGUG